AAGAAGAGGAAGUGACGUGGUUUGUGUAGAUGUGGGGAUCCGUCAUGGAUGAAGUCGGAUCUCCGGCGUUUCGGCGCUCCAGCGCUCCAGCUUCGUCCUCCAUCCGAACAGAGACCAUCGAAUCUCUAACAGACCUGGAAGAUCUGGAGCGGGUUUAUGCUCAGCUCUGUGCUGAAGAGGUGGAGGUGCAGAAGGAGCUAAAGGUUCUUUCUGGACAACAGAGCACCAUUGAAACCAAAAUGCUCGCGCUACAAAGGAUUGGACCCAAUCUGCAGUUGAUUGAAGGAGACGCCACACAGUUAUCUGGGAUGAUCAACUUCACCUGCAGCCUGGCAGAGAAUGUCAGCAGCAAAGUCAGACAGCUGGACCUCACUAAGAAACGGCUGUACCAGGCGAUCCAGCGCGCUGAUGAUAUUCUGGAUUUGAAGUUCUGCACUGAUGGCGUUCAGACCGCUCUUCGUAACAAUGACUACGAACAAGCUGCCGCCCACAUCCACCGCUACCUGUCUCUCGACCAAUCAGUGAUUGAGCUAAGCAGGCAGGGUGGAGAAAGCACUGCAGUCGACGCCAGUCUCGCUUUGCUGCAGGAGGCGGAGGUUAAUUUGAAAGCGCUGGUUACUAAGCGACUAGAGGAAGCAGUUGCAACGGGCGAUCUGCCUCAGGUGGAACGCUUCUUUAAAAUCCUCCCGCUGCUGGGCCUUCAUGAGCAGGGACUCGCACAGUUCGCGAAGUACCUCUGCAGUCAGUUGGCAAGUAAAGCAGAAGAGAAUCUGCUCCUGGCUAUGGGCUCUGAUCUCAGUGAUCGUCGUGCACCACUGAUCUUCGCUGACACACUCACACUACUGCUGGAGGGUAUCGCUCGGAUCAUAGAGACGCACCAGCCCAUAGUGGAGACGUACUACGGCCCGGGCCGACUCUACACACUCCUCACACACCUUCAGAAAGAAUGUGACGCACAGGCACAGAAAGUGGUGGAGAAGUUCAUCCAGCAGAGAGACUAUUGCAACAAAUUCCAGGUUGUUCAGAGCAGCAUGAUGAGAGGUGUGUCUGUGGAGAAGAUCGAACCGAGAGAGCUUGACCCAGUCUUAUGUGAGGUCACCCUGAUGAACUCGAGAGCAGAACUGUACCUGCGUUUCCUGAAGCGCCGCAUAUCGGCAGAUUUCGAGGUCGCAGAUGCAACAGCGACCGAUUCAGUGAUCCAAGAGCACCAGCAGUGUUUAGAGCGAUUGCUGAAGGAUUGUAAGCUCAGUUGCACCAUACAAGAGCUGAUUGGUUACUACAUCCCCAUGGAGGAGUACUACAUGCGAGAGACUGUGAAUAAGGCGGUCACCAUGGAUACAGCCGAGGUGGGUCAGCUGAGUUCCAGCAUGGUGGACGACGUGUUUUACAUUGUCAAGAAGUGCAUCAGCCGAGCACUGACCAGCGGGAACUCGGACUGCGUGUGCGCGAUGAUCAAUCACGCCAUCAGCGUGCUCGAGACAGAUUUCAGGGAAGUGCUGGUGACGAAACUGAGAGCUGGUUAUCCAGCCAGCACUCUGCAGGAUCUGCAUCGUGGUGUUACCAGCGCCGUCAGCCUGAUGCAGAGCAGUUUACAGCAGGGAAAAAUCCAAUCUCUGGGCAUCGAGAGUCAGGAACAAGCCAAGACCGCUUACCUGGUGACCCUGAAUAACGUACAGGUCUGCAGCGAGAACAUCAGCACUUUGAAAAAGAACCUGGAGAGUGAUUGUGCCAAAUUGUUCAGUCAGCUGGCCGGGUCAGAACACGCUCAGGCUAAGAUUGACAGCUGUUUGUCUGACUUGGUGAACACAUCCAGCAAGUUAAAGGAUCUCCUCCAGGAGGGUCUUCAGGAGCUGAGUAACACAGCUAUUAAGCCGCAGGUGAAGCCAUGGAUCAGCAGCUUCCUGUCAAUUGCACACAACAUUGAAGAAGAAGAGUUCAGUGAGUAUGAAGUAAACGAUCCAUGGGUUCAGCAGCUGGUUGUGCAGCUGGAGCAGCUCAUGGCCGAGUUUAAGGCCGCCUUGUCCCCCAUCAUCUAUGACACACUGACCAGCCUGAUGACCAGCUUGGUCGCCAUGGAGCUGGAGAAGACUAUCUUUAAAUGCACCUUCAGCAGGUUGGGUGGUCUGCAGUUUGAUAAGGAGUUACGUUCGCUGGUUGCUUAUCUUUCCUCCGUCACCUCAUGGACGAUUCGGGAUAAAUUUGCUCGCCUCACUCAAAUUGCCACCAUCCUCAACCUGGAGAGGGUGUCCGAGAUCUUAGAUUACUGGGGACCGAACUCUGGGCCUUUGACGUGGCGUUUGACUCCGGCUGAGGUUCGACAGGUCCUGGCUCUCAGAGUGGACUUUCGCAGUGAGGACAUUAAAAGACUCCGCCUUUAAUACGCCACUGAAGCUGACUGGAUCAUUUUUAGUUAUUUAUGUUUAUAAGAAAGCAAAAGACGAUGUAUAUAAUCGAGGGAUUUUUUUUUCUUUUCAUUUGCAUAAUAACUUGAUAAAGGUUUUUGGGUUUAAAGUCAUUAAAAGAAUUGUUCUAUCAAUA